UCAGUUAUCUCGAAAAAAAUGACACGUACAAGGAUGUACGUAGAAUUCUUUUGUAAAACCGGGGUAUAAAAUGUCACGCACUCGCACGGUUUCUUCAUACUGAAGGUGAAAAGAAGACUCAAAGCACACUAAACAUGUCUAACUUCGUGGUAGCAAUCGCGCUCUUCGCUGGACUGUUCGUCGCUUUUCAAGGAGAAGUGGCAGGCCAACAGCAAUCUUGCCCGCCAAACGAGGCCUUGAACCUUUGUGGAACUAUGUGCGAACCAACUUGCGACAAUCCAAACCCGAACCCUAGAUUCUGUCCCAGACUUCAAUGCACUAUAGGGACUCAAGCUUGCCGAUGCAUCAGUGGAACUUACAGAAACGCGAAUUCGCAGUGUGUUCCACUCGAUCAGUGCUUGUCCUACAGAGAUUAAAUAUGUACCGUUGUUUCUAUUAAACCGCGUACAGCAAACGAAAUGUAUACGCAACGAAACUAUUUUCAGUUUCAAUUCUAUUCUUCGCUUCCAAACUGUAUAAUUAAUAAAAUUGUCAACCUAUGACGAGUUUCCUACUCGUAAUGUGAACUCUCAUUAAAAUUUAAAUUUAUUGCAUACA